GCUGGAUCAUCAGUUUCACUGAGCAAUUCACAUCAGUAAGAUGAAAACAAGCUAGUUUUCGUUGGGUGUUAGUUAGUUUGGUGUUGUUAGUAGUAACUCAGCAAAGUUUAAAUCGUUUGAAUUCGUUACCCAAUUCUGGAAAAGCCACAGUUUCUGCAAAAAAAACAUUCACUUUCGUGACAAAUUGUUUUUAAAAUAGUCAAUCGAACGCAAUUUUGAAUUAUAAAAAAUAAGAAUUUUUUUGAUAGUUGAAGGUGUUGAAAUCUAGAAUACUACCAAGAUGCCGCAAGUGAUUGAAGUUUAUUCCCCAUUCCCAACGGCCUUCGGGUGCACACCGCGUUUGAAAACCGUCCCCAAGUCUACCAACGCGAUCCGUGCAGUUCCGGUGGUUAAUGGCGAAGUGGGACGAUUGUCAGCAAAGAUACGUUCCUUCGUUGAAGAGUCUGUUGCGCUGUGUCAACCCGAUCGCAUCCACAUCGUUGAUGGAAGUGAAAAGGAGAGUGUCGGUCUGCUAAACGUUCUACAGGCGCAGGGUACUAUUCACCCACUGCCAAAAUAUGAAAACUGUUGGUUGGCUCGCACCAAUCCGGCCGAUGUUGCGCGUGUCGAAUCGAAGACAUUUAUUUGCACUGAAAAACAAGAGCAGGCGAUUCCAACCCCAAGGAACGGAGUUAAGGGAACGCUCGGAAAUUGGAUCUCUCCUGGGGAUUAUCAGACCGCUAUUCGUUCCCGCUUCCCCGGCUGCAUGAAGGGGCGCACCAUGUACGUGGUUCCGUUCUCGAUGGGACCAGUUGCGUCGCCUUUGUCCAAGUUUGGAAUUGAAAUCACCGACUCUGCGUAUGUCGUUUGUUCGAUGCGCAUCAUGACUCGCAUGGGACAAGAAGUGUUGGAAAAAUUAUCAAACAAUUCGGACUUCAUCAAGUGCCUCCACUCGGUUGGAACACCGGCCAACGGUAAAAUUGGUAUGCCCUCCUGGCCCUGCGAUCCGGAACGCACCAUCAUUCUACACAAACCGGCUAACAAUGAGAUCGUUUCAUACGGCUCCGGAUACGGCGGUAACUCUCUGCUGGGCAAGAAGUGCUUCGCUCUUAGAAUUGGAAGCACAAUCGCACAGCGUGAAGGAUGGCUCGCAGAGCACAUGCUGAUUCUUGGUAUUACGGACCCCAAUGGGGUGAAACGAUAUGUCGCUGCUGCCUUUCCAUCCGCCUGUGGUAAGACCAAUUUAGCCAUGAUGAACCCCACUCUGUCGGGAUACAAAAUGGAAUGCGUGGGAGAUGAUAUUGCCUGGAUGAAGUUCGAUUCGAAAGGCCAGUUGCGUGCCAUUAACCCGGAGAAUGGAUUCUUCGGAGUUGCCCCCGGAACCUCUACCGAGACCAAUCCAAACGCUAUGCAGACAGUGUAUAAAAACACAAUUUUCACCAACGUUGCAUCCACUUCGGACGGUGGCGUAUUCUGGGAGGGAAUGGAGAGUGAAAUUGAACCCGGAGUAGAGAUUACCGAUUGGUUGGGCAAACCCUGGGAGCUAGGCGUGUCGAAGACUCCAGCUGCUCACCCGAAUUCCCGAUUUUGUGCUCCUGCCAGUCAGUGUCCAAUAAUUGACCCGGCUUGGGAAGAUAACGAAGGAGUUCCAAUUUCUGCCAUAAUUUUCGGUGGACGACGGCCGGAAGGUGUCCCGCUGGUGUACGAGGCUAACUCGUGGGCUCAUGGCGUGUUCGUUGGUUCGGCAAUGCGAAGUGAGACCACCGCUGCCGCUGAACACAGAGGCAAAGUAAUCAUGAACGAUCCGUUCGCCAUGCGACCAUUCUUCGGCUACAAUUUCGGAAAUUAUUUGAAGCACUGGUUGAGUAUGGAAAACAUUGCCGCUAAAGUUGGGGGUCACGUUCCGAAGAUAUUCCACGUGAACUGGUUCCGCAAAGAUUCCAGGGGAAAGUUCCUGUGGCCCGGAUUCGGCGAGAACUGUCGAGUUCUGGAGUGGAUCCUUCAUCGUAUCGAUGAUCAUGAGUGCGAUCAGGAAUCACCAAUUGGACGUAUUCCGAAGUCGGGAGCAUUAAAUCUCGAUGGAUUGACCAGUUUCGUGGAUGAGCGGGAGCUGUUUUCGAUAUCGAAGCAGUUUUGGCUGAAAGAAGUUGCAGAAAUUGAACAAUAUUAUGAUAAUCAAUUGUCGCAUGAUUUACCGCAAGAAAUCGCCAAAGAGCUGCAUGAUCUCAAAAAUCGCAUUGGGCAAAUGUAAGCUAGUUUUAAUGCUAGAUAUAAGUUUAAACUUAAUUAGCGUUAUUUAUUCACUAGAGUUUUGGAUAGAAACUAUUUCGUAACGUUAACGUUCUUUUGUAAAGAACUUGCCAUAAUAAAUUAUUUUAUAACGUA